AUGGACACGGAGAAGAUCUAUGCUGUGCAUUCUAUGCUUCUAUUAGUCUACCAUCGCAAUAAGAACCAACAUGGGAAAACAAAGUGGUGGAGGUGGUUGUCAAUAUUGAAGCGUAUAACUUGGAAUCUCGCACUGUCUCUCGAUCACAAACAACUGCAUAGUGGAGCUGAGAAUUCCCCUGAUUUGUACAGGCGGUACCUGGCGACCCACGUUGUUCCAAGAUGUUACCUGGUUUUCUCGACAGUUGUGGCCGAUGGGCAGUUUUCUACCCUUGGAACAGUGCUGUUAGGCACAUUGGCUCGUCUUACAAAUGCUAUAGGUCUUGAUAAAGAAUUGAAAUCUCCAGCUCAGACAGUAACCUUUAAAGCCACGCCUUCACACCCUACGAUCGAGGGGUCCGAAGAUUUUGGGGAGGUUCUGUCGCGAAAUAAGAAUCUGUCAUGUCCCGAUGAGAUUUUGGAGGAAGCAAGUUCCAAGGCAGAAGAGAACUUCAAAUCCGCUUCAACAAGGCCAGAGAGCAAGAUAGAUGAGGCCGUCACAACGCAUAAUAAAAAGAAGAAGAAGAAGAAGAAAGACGCCAUUGAUAGUCUUUUCGAUGGUCUCUUGUAG